AAUGCUAGGAACUCGUCAGCCAGACAGCAGCAGAUAAUCAACUUCCGGUAGCCUCACUUGAGUGACCACACGAGUGAGGUACUCAAAUGGCAUCGUCUACUAGCAAGAAGUCAGUUCUAUUUGUAUGUUUAGGCAACAUAUGCAGAUCUCCCACAGCUGAAGCAAUCAUGCAGCAUUUAGUGAAAGAACGGGGAGAGGAACAUAAGUGGAUUAUUGACAGUGCUGCAACAGCUGACUACAAUGUCGGGUGUCCACCAGACCGACGAACCAUUCAAGUUCUAGAAAAAAAUGGUAUUAAAGGUUACAAACACAAAGCAAGACUGAUAACAGAUGAGGACUUCAAUACGUUUGACAUGAUUUUUGGCAUGGAUCAUGCAAAUAUAAGUGACUUGGAAGACUUGAAACCUAGAGGAAGAUGCCAUUCUAGACUACAUCUUCUUGGAGAGUGGGACCCAAACAAAGAGACAAUUAUAAAAGAUCCUUAUUUUCUCCCUGGCAUGGAACCCUUUGAUGAAGUCUUUGCCCAAUGCAUGCGAUGCAUUACAGCCUACCUUUGUGCUUCCAGCAACUGAGGCGUUUGAUCCGUUUAACACCACAUUAUAAAAGUGGUUAUAUUUCUGAUAUAUAUUUUUAUAAUAUAGUUGGAAUAGGAGGAAAUGUGAUGUAUUUAUAAGCUUUUCAAUGCUGUGUUCAUACCUUUCGAAAUUUUACACAGCUUAUAAUUUUUUUACUUACAUUUACAUUAGCAGAAUUUGCCCUAAAAGUGGUUGAAUAUGUGUGUGUCUGUAUAUAUGAAGAUUUUGAAUCAUCAUUGCAUCUGUGAUGCAAUUUUCUUUCUAUGAUAGUUGCGUUAAAUUACAAAACCGCAGAUUAACCACAAAGAAUUUGACCACAUUAGCCAUGGAGCAUACCUCUAAUAAUUAUUAGGCAUUCGAUAUUCAGGAUGCUGGAAAAAAUCAUCAUGAUCCUGCAGAUUAAUUUUGUUUGCAAUGUUUCUGUUCCAUGUGGCCUUGUUGAUCAUCAAAGGGAAGCUACAUUCACGUCUUUUAGAAAUUUUUUUUUCUUCACUGCAGGAAUUUAUUUUUUUUCAUUCUGUAUGGAUGUAUGUGGGUCUGCUUUUCAACAUACAUUCUAGCGCAGUUUUACACACAUUGUCACAUAGUCAUAUAAUCAGUUUUUAUUCAUUGAUUUCUGUAAUAAAAUGAGAGUUUUAAAAAAGUCAA